AUGAUAUUCCUAGUCAACAACCAAACCUAUUUCUUCGCCGUCUUCCUAAUGAAUUAUAAGAGAGACUUCGGUGCAUUAUCGAUUUUUAUGCUGAUUCUGGAGAUUUUCGGGUUCCUAUGGGGAGCUAUUGUGACUAUCCGAGGGUGCUUGUGGAAUUUUGAUGCAAUGGAUGGAGAAUAUGGUGGGGAGGUUGAUGAUUAUGCCGUAUCAGAAGGGAUGGAUACAGUUGCCAGGGAAUGUGACUACGAGAAGAAACCCCGCCAAUGGAUCCCUAUCUUCGUUCUUCUCGCACUACAAACUACAUCAUGGCUAAUUGCAUUUUCAGCAAUUAAUAUUUUACUAAAUAUUUAUAUCUGGCUAGUCAUCGGGGUGCUUGUCUUAAUUACAAAUUUUGUGCUUUUUGGUUACAUUUGGUAUUGGAACAUUCGUGUACAUCGGAUUCUCGACAAUUCUAUAUUUAUCCCGUCGAAAUAUAGCUUACAAGCAAGAUUUCAAGCCAAGGAGAACGCACGGAGUUUAGAGUUCCUCAAGGUUACUGUAUUCACUGUAAGUUUGGUAUUAUUGUUGCAAUGCCUGUUCUUCAUCCUCCAAUCUUCUAAUGUAUUCCAAGACUAUGAAGUCAUUUUAUAUUAUUUGGUGGAUUUUUGUAAUGCGGGCCAUCCCGUUGUCCUUAUCCCAUUGGCUAUGAUAUCAGUACCUGUGUGGAAGAAGAAAUUCUUCGGUCAUCUUCAUUGUGUCAAAAAAGUGUGUAGUAGGAAGACGUUGCCUAUGGUGGAUGUGUUGAAAGGGUCGACAUCGUUGAAAAUGGAGACGGAUCAGUAUUUUAGUCAGUUUAAUAAGGCGUGGAAUUGA